CAAAAACUAGUAGCAUAUCUCUCUCUCUCUCUCUCUCAUUUAUAAUAUGUUCCUUUCAAGGGACAUUGUGUACUUUUAUUCUCGUUAUUGUUGUUGUUCCAACUAAAGAACAAGAUGCAUCAUUUUAAUUUUUCUCCAAUAUAGUUUUAAGUCUUUUUUUUUUUGAAUAGUUAUAUUUAUAGUUGUAUUAAUUUGUGGUGUUAUAUGGAUCUUGGUGUGGUGGGUUCAGAAGCUGGGUUUGUUCCAUUUGGAUCUGGGUUCGUUAAGCAUCAAAGAUCUGAAGAGGAGGUGAGUAAUAAUGAUCAUAAUAAUAGAAGAGGGGCAAAACUGUCAAAGGUUAAUAUUACUAGUGGUGAUGAUGAUGAUGUCAUCACAACAACAACAUCAAAGGGAAUGUUGUUUUUUCAGAAUCAUCAGAGGAACAACAACAACAAUAGCUCUUGUUGUAAUGUGUUGUUGAGAUCUAAUAAUAAUAAUAAUAAUAAUAAUAAUAAUAAUAAUAAUAAUAAUAAUAAUAAUGGAAAUGACAAUGUUGCCAUUGCUCUCUUCAAACAAGAAGGAGAAGAGAAGAUGCUGAGUUUCUCAACAACACCAACACCAAAGUCAGAGACUUUGAUUGUGGAAAAGGCUUCUUCAAAUGCUACAUUGCACACUUCUUAUCACCCUUUCUCUAGUUACAACAUAAAUAAUAAUGCAGGUUACAAUAACAGUAAUUGGGGAAUGAUGAUGAUGGGAAAUAGUAGUAGUAAUAAUAAUGUGGGAAGAGUGGUAGGAGCUGCAUUAUUCACUCCCUCACAGUGGAUGGAGCUGGAGCACCAAGCACUCAUUUACAAGUAUAUCACUGCAAAUGUUCCUGUUCCUUCUCAUCUUAUUCCAAUCACUAAAGCCCUUCAUUCCACUUCUCCAUUCUCUAACUUUCCUAAUCCACUUCUUAGACCCAAUCCUUUGGGAUGGGGAGGUUUCCAUCUGGGAUUCUCGAGCAGCACCGAUCCGGAGCCAGGUCGGUGCAGGAGAACCGAUGGGAAGAAAUGGCGGUGCUCGAGGGACGCAGUUGUGGACCAGAAGUACUGCGAGCGUCACAUGAACCGAGGCCGCCAUCGUUCAAGAAAGCCUGUGGAAGGCCAAUCAGGCCAUGCUGCUGCCAUCACCACCACCACCACCACCACAACCACCACUUCUAACUCAAAGCUAUUGUUGCCUAACAGCAACAAUUCAAGUUCUUCAUUCUCCAUUGUGGGGAACACUGCUUCCAACAACAAUAGCAACACUAUUUCAUUUGGAAACUGCCAUGAACACAAGAAUGUUAUUCAGCAGCAGCAGCCUGUUGCAUCUGAUGCUUCUGCUGCUAAUAAUAUCAGCAGGAUGUUUAUGAAGAAAGAGAACAAUAAUGCAAAUGAGAGUUGUUCACUACUUCCAAUGCUACCACCAAAGGAAAACUGAUGACAAGUCAUCUUAGCCUAGUUUUACUAGUCUUUUUCUUUUGUUUUCAAUUGAUUUUAUGCACUUUCUUGAGCCAUAAGUAAGCCAAUUGGGUAGAAUUUCAUGUUUCCUUUGAUUCAAUCAACCAUGGAUGAAUUAAUGCAAUUUCAUGAGAUUUUGUGCUAUAAUUGUCAUAAAUUAUGAAAGAGAGACAAUCUCAUGAUUUUGAGCAUAGCUUUGAUGUUUUUGGUUGAUUGAUGAUAGGUGAAAAGAGCUUUGAAGAAGGUUGAAGAAAGAAGGAAUGGCAAGGAGUGAGAGAGAACAAAAAGCUUGCUCCAACGUUUGCCCUCAAGCUUUUAGGCAAACGUUGGCGCCACAACAAACACCUAGGGGAGCAAAAGCUUGCGCCAACGUUUGCCCUCAAGCUUUUAGGCAAACGUUGGCGCCACAACAAACACCCAGGGGAGCAAAAGCUUGCGCCAACGUUUGCCCUCAAGCUUUUAGGCAAACUUUGGCCAAGAAGCAUUCAAGGGGGAUCCACGUUUGGCUCAAAGUUUGACCUCAAACUUUAGCUCAAACGUGGAUGACAGCACAGGAGGCUAGCUGAUAUGAAAAGUUUGAGCCAAAGUUUGCCCUCAAGCUUUGACUCAAGCUUUAAUGAUUCAUGGCCCGGUUCACAAGUGGGUUUCUCUCCAACUCCAAGAGCAAUCAACAGAGGCUUUUGUCAACCCAAUUCCAUCAAGAGUAAAGGCCCAAUUCAAGGCUUGAAGAUCAUUUGAAGAGAGUGUAUAAAUAGCUUAGAAUUUAAGUUUUUCGGAGAGCUUUCUUUUAGAAUUUUUCUUUUAGUAUUGCUGGGAGUUUUGGAAAGCUUUUGGGUUUUGAGUUGUUUGGAGAUUCUGAGUCCUGGGAAGAAGAAUUGAAUUCUCUUCCUCUUAGUUUUCUUGUUUUCAAUUUCAUCUACACUUGUCUUGAGUCUUGGGUGUUGAAGAAUUGAGGAAAUUCUGUCUCAAUCUCACCUUGAGAUCUCUCUGUUUUGAUCAACUUUUGGAAAUUGAACUUUAAAUUUACUUUUCUUCUA